AUGUCUGACAAAAGUGAACUGAAGGCGGAGUUGGAGCGCAAGAAGCAACGAUUAGCUCAAAUCAGAGAGGAGAAGAAAAGAAAGGAGGAGGAAAGAAAGAAGAAAGAAACUGAUCAGAAGAAAGAAGUUCUUCCUAUACAAGAAGAAUCUGAUCUUGAAAAGAAAAGAAGAGAAGCUGAAGCAUUACUUCAGAGCAUGGGGUUGACACCUGAGUCUCCUGUUGCUGUGCAACCUCUGCGAAUAGUAACAGCGGAUACCUGUCUGUUUCACUAUUUAGUCCCUCCUCCUACCUCUCCGUCUUCCAAAUCUGUGAGUACACCAAGUGAGGCUGGAAGCCAGGACUCUGGUGAUGGCGCUGUUGGAUCUAGGACGCUGCAUUGGGAUACUGAUCCAUCAGUUCUUCAGCUCCACUCUGAUUCCGAUCUGGGACGUGGACCUGUUAAGCUUGGAAUGGCCAAAAUUACACAAGUUGACUUUCCUCCUCGAGAAGUUGUUACAUAUACAAAGGAGACGCAAACACCUGUUAUGACUCAGCCAAAGGAAGAUGAGGAAGAUGAAGAUGAUGUGGUUGCACCAAAACCAUUAGUUGAACCUGAGGAAGAAAAAACAUUAAAAAAAGAGGAGGAGGAGGAAGCUGCCCCUCAUGAACUGACAGAAGAGGAAAAACAACAAAUUUUGCAUUCUGAAGAAUUUUUAAGUUUCUUUGACCACUCCACAAGGAUUGUCGAAAGAGCCCUUUCUGAGCAAAUCAACAUCUUCUUUGACUACAGCGGAAGAGACUUAGAAGACAAAGAAGGAGAGAUUCAAGCUGGAGCAAAACUGUCCUUAAAUAGGCAGUUUUUUGAUGAACGUUGGUCAAAGCAUCGUGUUGUCAGUUGUUUGGACUGGUCAUCUCAGUACCCAGAAUUACUUGUAGCUUCUUACAACAACAAUGAGGAUGCACCUCAUGAGCCUGAUGGGGUGGCCCUUGUAUGGAACAUGAAGUACAAGAAAACUACCCCAGAGUAUGUCUUUCACUGCCAGUCAGCGGUGAUGUCAGCUACCUUUGCAAAAUUUCAUCCCAAUCUGGUGGUUGGUGGCACAUACUCAGGCCAAAUAGUGCUGUGGGAUAAUCGCAGCAAUAAGAGAACCCCAGUGCAGAGAACUCCACUUUCAGCUGCUGCUCACACGCACCCAGUCUACUGUGUAAAUGUUGUUGGGACACAGAAUGCUCAUAAUUUGAUUAGUAUCUCAACUGAUGGGAAAAUAUGCUCUUGGAGUCUGGACAUGCUUUCCCAACCACAGGAUAGCAUGGAGCUGGUUCACAAACAGUCCAAGGCUGUGGCUGUUACCUGCAUGUCAUUCCCUAUUGGAGAUGUCAACAACUUUGUUGUUGGCAGUGAAGAAGGCUCAGUAUACACUGCGUGUCGUCAUGGCAGCAAAGCUGGAAUCAGUGAGAUGUUUGAAGGACACCAGGGACCAAUCACAGGUAUCAACUGCCAUGCAGCAGUUGGACCUGUAGACUUCUCACAUCUUUUUGUCACCUCUUCUUUUGACUGGACAGUAAAGCUUUGGACAACUAAGAAUAACAAACCUCUCUACUCCUUUGAAGACAACUCGGAUUACGUUUAUGAUGUGAUGUGGUCUCCAACUCACCCUGCCUUGUUUGCCUGUGUGGAUGGGAUGGGCAGGCUUGACCUGUGGAAUCUCAACAAUGAUACUGAGGUGCCAACUGCAAGCAUUACUGUGGAGGGUAACCCUGCUCUGAACCGUGUGAGAUGGACACACUCUGGGAGAGAGAUUGCUGUUGGUGAUUCAGAGGGACAAAUAGUUAUAUAUGAUGUGGGAGAGCAAAUUGCCGUUCCCCGCAGUGACGAGUGGACUCGGUUUGGUCGAACCCUGGCAGAAAUAAACGCUAACAGAGCUGAUGCAGAAGAGGAAGCUGCAACCCGCAUCCCGGCGUAGAUCUAUAGAAAUAGGCAGCAGUGGUAGAAUGGUCAAUGUUCUGAUGCAAAAUGCACGUGUUGGUUCAAGUAAUAGCGUAUGGGAGGGAUAUAUGGAUUCAACUAUGGACUCUGAAAAUGUAUUAAGAUUACUGAAAAUCAGAUUGUCACUUUUUAUAUAUAAAUUACAAGCACAUACUUGGAUUUGUGUAACUUUUAAUACAGUUAGCUUUGACUUUGCAAGGACCUUCUUUUGCUGAAACACUAACCUGGUGUAAAUUUGCUAUUGGGCUUCUGAAAUUUCCACUUUGUAACAGUAUGUCUGAAA